UUGCAGGUUGGCAAAAGAAAAAGUUAUGUAUGAAAAAGAAGCAAAACAGCAAGAAGAAAAGAUUGAAAAAAUGAAAGCUGAAGCAUGUGAUGAUUAUGGAAUUAAGAAGCAGUGUCGCCCAUUCAUCAGAUUAUUUGACUGUACCAUGGUAUUUCCACAGUGACCUGCAAGAUAUCAUCAAAGUCAAAAACAGUGUUGGCUGUGAACUUCUGCUGAAGUUAAAUGUUCCAUACUACUUGAAGAUCGAGAUCUUACAGGAGUCACGAAUGAUGAUUCCAGACUGCCAGCGCAGACUGGAAGUUGCACACGCAGAGCUUUCUCAACUACUAGAAAAUGAAAAAGAAUUGGAAGAAGCUGAAGAGUAUAAAGAAGCACGUUCCAUACUGGAGUCAGUGAAACUGGAAGCCUAGCAGUUUUCCAGUACUCUCUUUAUAUGCAUUAGCACGGGGUCCAUUCCAUACUUUUAUUUUACUAUGGUUUUCUUACUAUUAUUGACUUGCUAAGGUUCCCUUUAUGCAAACUGGCCUUUCUCUAACUGCAAGAUGCAUCAAAUAAAAGAUGUUCUGAAACAUUUGUGUGUUCCCUAUUCAGGCAAAAUAAAUACAUUUUCAGUUCACCUCAAUUACAAAAAGGAAAAAUAAAGCCCAUUUAUUUUAAGUGUAAUAGCUGAUAUAUAGAAUUUAAUCUGAACAAUUCAGGCUAAGAAACAAAGUUUGGUUAUGUAAGGGACCAGUAAAUACUUCAGAACGAAACAGCAUCAUAGAAUGGUUUGGGCUUAAAGGGUUCCAUCUAGUUCCUGCCUCCUGAUAUGGGCUGUAGAAGCACUUUAUAUGUGAAAUAAUUUAAAGCCAUUAUACCAUAACAAUCUGUAGUGAAAGAGAAUAUGGAUUAAAUGACCCUUCACAGUCACCUGUCUUUUUUCUAUGAUGCAGUUUUUCUGUAAUUUUAUCAAGUAUGUAAUCCUUGUUUAUCUUUGAGCCCAAGCCAAAUUAAAAGCUGAUUCCAAAUCUUUCUCAUUUGACUUGGAUUGAUUCAUAAAGCCCAAUCCACAUAAUUACCAUUGAUCAGAAAUUCUGUCACUUGAAGAAACAGAAUUUAGCAGGUGACUAGGAUGCUGUCAGUUGCACCUGCAAGUAACAGUUCUGGACCGAAUACUUUUCCUGAAAGCACAUUGGCCUAAGUGAGAUUUUUUUUUUGAACCAAGCUUAAACCCCAGAACAUGAAAGAGACCUGAUGGGUAAGGGAACAAUACUCAGUCUGCCUGGAAGAGCAUUAAAAUGUUAUGUACAAAAGUUGUGGUUUUUUGAAAGUAGUUUCUCUACAGCAAAUAGUAAGCUCUGUUGAAAAACAAGAAAGCUUUUUACAUUAGUUUUUCUAGUUUGAAAGUGCUCUGGCAUGUUCCUUAAAGGCAACACAAAGCACAGUGUACCUUUUGUGUGGUGCUAUAUUGAAUACUCAAUAAAAUUUUUUGUUAAUUUGCCUGA